ACUCAGAAGACAGGUUUUCCAGUUGGAGGGUCCCGAGUUCUGCAUCCAAUAAGGCAGAUUCACAGAAAGAUAAAUGUUGCAGCUUUUAUCCACCAAUGUGCUUGGAACCCCUACAUCGUUGAGCUUUUUUUUUCCUGAAAAUGGGAUCAUAAUAAACCUCUAGAGGAUCGAGAACGACUGCUAGUAUGUUGCAAUCCUCCUCCAGAAUAGUUGAAACUUUACCCCUCUGUAAGUUUGAGGAUAAGCUGCCGAGAUGGGGCCUGUUCCUUGCCCUCUGCUCGGCUCUUCUCUGGCUUCCUGAGGCGGCGGAAUCUACGCUGAACUGCCACACGACAUGCAUCUGCGCCUCAAAUAUCGUCAGCUGCUCCAAGAAGAAUCUGAGUACGGUUCCCACUGCUCUGCCACUCUACAUCGCUGUGCUGGAUCUCAGUUACAACGAGAUAAAUGUGCUCAAAGCGGGGUGGACCCCAGUCAAGCUCCCAAAUCUCCAUAACCUCUUGCUCAGCCACAAUAAUCUUUAUUCCCUUUCCACUGAAGCUUUUACAAAUGUGAAGCAACUUCGCUACUUGGACCUGUCCUCCAACAAACUUCAGCAGCUGGAUGAGUUUGUUUUUGAGCCUUUGGUCAACCUGGAGGUCCUCCUGCUUUACAAUAACCGAAUUUCCCAGAUUGACAAGACGGCCUUUGCAACCAUGGCUAACCUUCAGAAGCUGUACCUCAGCCAGAACAACAUCACCCGCUUCCCAGGGGAGCUGAUCAAAGACAGGUACCGCCUGGAAAAACUCAGCCUACUGGAUGUGUCGUCCAACAAGAUCGAAAAUGUGCCCAUAGAUGACCUUAAUACGCUGCCUGCCUGGAUUAGAAAUGGCCUCUACUUCCACAACAACCCCUUGCAGUGCAGCUGUAAUCUCUACACACUCCUGACCCACUGGGUCAUUCGAAAGAUGAACUCUGCUGUGGACUUCAGAGACGAAUACAGGUGCAAGCUGCCGAAUUUACCGAAAACCCAGAUUUUAGAUCUAAGUGGAGAAAGCAUGAACUGCAGCACGUUCAAGGAGGCAGACGAGGAGGCUUUCCUGGAGCAAACACUGGUCCUCCGCUGUGACACCAAACACCGGGACAUGGCCAAGACCUGGACAUUGCCCGGGAACAUGACGUCUGGAGACAACCAGACAGUGAAAGUCCUGUCCAACGGGGACCUGCAGAUAAGUCCGGUAAGGUAUGAGGACUCUGGGACCUACACGUGCUUCGCCGCAAGCGAGAGAUUUAACGAGACUAUCUACAUUGUGCUGAAGGUUCACAACUUCACCAUGCACGGGGCCGGGGAGACUAUGAACACAGCCUACACUACCUUGGUGGGCUGCCUGGCCAGUGUGGUGCUGGUGCUCAUGUACCUCUACCUGACGCCGUGUCGCUGUUUCUGCUGCCCCAACAAGGGUAAGACCAGGGGCGAGGACAGCAUCCACUCCUCCAUGCUCAGCGUCACUCCCACCCACGGGGACCCGGCGAUGAAGGCCGAGCUGAACAGGCACGUGGCGUUCAUCGACUCCAAAGACUUGCAGGGCCAGAACGGCAAGGUGAACCCCAACGGGGACGAGGACAAUGACGAUCUGGAUGGAGAGGCCGGCUCUCUCAUGAAGGGCAAGAGGAAGAAAUCGGUAGCAGAGUCCAUUAGCUCCGUCUUCUCAGACACUCCCAUGGUGGUUUGAGUCGACAAUGACAUUAAUGGUACAUUAAGAGCCAUGAUUUAUUUAAUUUAAACUCUGACUGUGACCUUGUGCAAGAAAAGGGUAGAGGGAUGGAUGGCGAAUUCAUAACAGCAUGUCAAAGGGAGUUCAAAACAAACAGCCUUGUGGUGAAAGAGAACAAUAAGCCGGACUCUUCCAGCGUUUCAAUCUGUAGCAAUUACUAUUCAUACUGUGAAGGAACGGAGGCAUAAGCGGACUGUGGAGCCCAUUAAAGAGGAUGGUUAUCAGCACUCAGGAAGCAAUGUACUACAACGGUCUGAGAAUUGUGAAAACUGCACAAGAUUUCCAACAAUAUCUUACAUUUGGUAUAACUUAAAACUGUGGUUUGCUCUUAGUUACACUCAUUAUGAUUAGAAUAGACCGCAUCGUAUCAUACCCCCUCUCUCUCAAUUCAAGGACAGAAACUGACGUCACCACUCUCUGAGAAGAAGUGUCAUUCACCUUGAGUUAUAUAUAGUGACAUAGCAUGCCAUAAAAACCCCAACAUAUGAGACACUACAGCUUGAGAAACAUAAUGAAGGUAAGAAAAUAUAAAUUUCUCAAAUUCUACACAGAUAGAGGUUAUUACCCUAUUUUUUACCUGAUCCUUGGCUGAUAUGGACUGAUCCUGUAUCCUAAUCUUAGUCGUGUAGCCAUGUUUGGCAGCUAUUUAUCACCUAAGGGGAUUGCAUAUUUGUAUGGUACACAAUUAUUAGGUAACCUUGUGCAUUAAUAAUUUUGUAAUAAAAUGUCCCCCUUAUCGUUUCUUUAUAUCUACAGUAAAAACCAAACGACACUUUGCGCGCCUUUCACAGGUAAUCAUGUGCAGGGUCGCCUGCAGAUACACAUAAAGCCCAGAGAGGUUUUUUUUGCUCUGAUAGAUUAUUAACAUGUUGUCUCAGUUCUGUAAACACAGAGGUACCAAAAUCCUUAAAAGGACAGAGGCUGUUCUGGUUCUUGUCCGCUGAGGUGCCACAUGCUGUUAAAUUUUCCUCUUGGCACAGCAGCAGCAUCGGUCGUGCUAAUCCAGAGUUUAAAACUCAAAUGCUUAAUUUAUGCUGUAUUAUGUUAUUUUAUUCCUUAGAAAAGAGGUGCACCUUACAGGAAAGCCGAAAGUCUAUGCUUUUUUUUUUUUUAUUGUUUGAAUAAACAAACUUGUACUAAGAUGUGAUAAACAAGAUGUAGUUUGAAGAAUAGGGUAGGCCUCAAUCAAUAGUUCCCAGUGUGACACCUGAAAUGUAGCCGUUUCUUUCUCUUUCGCUUGCUAGAAUGUAAUGUUUUGAUGUACCAGCAGUAAAACGUUAGAGUCUGGGUGUCACUAAAACCUUGAUGGUUUCCACAUUAAAAAUAAGCUUAUGAAUAAUAAAUAUGAGGCUGUACAUCACUGGCAGGAAAGUUUACUUUUAGCCACAUCUCUUGCUCUGCUGCCGACUAAAAUACAAUUAACAAGGUUUUUUUUGUUUUUUUUUAUGGAUAGAGCUGGAUUAUAGAAGUGGGGUUCCUUUUAAAAGUUAUAUGCUUUUAAUAACUUACCUGCUAUAGAUAACUCUCUUGGUGUCUUCAGUUGGGAUAAAUCCAGAUUAGUUCAUCCCACAAGCUGAAGCUAACAGCUAGUCCAAAUGGGGAGAACACCUCUGUCAUCCUAAAACAACUCCAAACUCAAAAAGGUCCUAGCCAUUUACGCAAAUGCUAUUCAACUUUCAACCCAUCGUCAGGUUUGCAUCUUGGAGUUGUUUAGAGGGGUAUCCGCCUGCAGGUAAUGUUUCAGGCCCUCUGUCCUGGUCAGGUCCAUAAAUUCUUUCCUUUCUUGCCCUGAUGCCAAAACCUAACACCACCCUGGACAUCUAAUCCUGACCCCUUUCACCUAACCUUAAACACAAACUGCAUUGAUACGAUCUUUUAUUAUAUGUUGUUUAUCAUCCUAUGCGCUGUUGGGAGAGCUUGAAAAGGUUUUCUGUCACGCACAACCAGAACAAAGCAAUGCAGGAACCGUGAAAGGUUUGCGAAGGUGGGGCCCUAUAGUGACAUUGGCUCAGCUGCUUAGAUUGUGAAGCUAUAUAUACCAUUAGUUAUUUAAGCAAAAGCAGAUGAUUAUUUACAAUGGAAAUGUAGUUUGAAGGUGAUGUGCUAUGAAUGAUAGACUUGUGUGAAAUCUGUGCUAAGAAUGGAAUUCCGAUCAGACUGAUAUAAUAGUAAAGUGGUGUAAAAAGUAUAAAUAUUGUAGCGCUUUAACCAAAUGCUACUUUAUUCAUUUUUACACUCUUACUUUGCUAUAGAUUUUUACUCUUGACCGGAAAUAUUUAUGCAUAUUACAUUAAGAAUUUGUUUCACACAGGAAGAUCAUUGGUUGUGCGCCACCUUAUAGGUCUAUUUCUUGUGUAAACAUUCACUGGGUUCUCUGUAAAUGACUGCGUGAUGCAAUUAUGACAAUGAUUUAAAAUAUCUAUGAGAUAUUUUACUAUGACAUUUCUCAGUGGAGUUGUUUUAAGACUGUAGGUCUUGGCCUCAGUGUCUCACGGUUAGAUUUAGUGUCUGGCACCAAUUGGUUAGGAUUUAUACAAAAUUAGAAUAAUAAGAGAAUUACCUGUAGCUGGUAAUCAGUAAAAAAAAACAAAAAAAAAAAAACAGGAAAAGUAGUUCACCUAAACUACUAGAAUAUUUUUGCAUGUAUGUCACUUUCCUAUUAUUUGAAAACAGUUUUUUCUGGAAAUGUUUUACAUGAUUCGUUCUCAGUAGGUUUCACACAGAGAGACCAUUGGUGGUGCACUGCCUCUUACCUCGAUCACGUCUCCUUUCAGCCUAGUCAUCAGGUGGAUUCAUGCUAAGGCCAGGCCUGUCCACACUAACCUGGAUGAUUUACAAAAUAGAUUUGUUUCCCACCUUCAGCUCAUAAACAAUUUUUUUUUAAAUUAUUUUUAGUUUUGGUGACAGAGUCAUAGAGAGAGAUUUAUAAAUGAUUUAUACGUGUGGACUGGAGCCACAACAGUGUUUUUUUUUGUUUUGUUUUUUUGUGGGUUAAUCCACGUGUCUCGCAUUGUCUUAACCCUGAUUCCAGUAAACUUCAACUUAAGAAGGUAAUGACAAAGAGGGAAAGAAAAACUUUUUUUUGAGAGAAUCUUAAUCUAACACUGUUUUCGCUCCGCUGCAGAUCUCCCUUUUUCAUUCUGAUGCAGUUAAAGUCGACAUUAUCACCACCUGGUGCCGGACUGUAGAUAUUGUCCUAUUUUAUAUUGAGAGGCUGGAAAUAUGAGUGUCGUUUUCUUUUUAAAUCUGGAGAAAAAGUAUAUGUUUAAUGCCUAAAGCAGAGCAGCCGGAGCAAACAUGACGAUGCCAUGAGAGUUAUCUCCUGGGGAUAAGAUAAAUUAAUAAAGCUCUUAUUAGAACCUCUCUUCAAACAUCCUGAAAUAUCCCUUAAAAUGCCCAUAACACGUCCUAGCAUGCAAGGAACAUGCUUAGAACCUUAAACACCUUGGUACGGGCCAGAGGGAGCAGUUUCAUUAAACCAUGCUGGGUUUUUGUUGCAGCAGAGCAAGGCCAGCUGUGUGUAAAUGCUAAUAGCAUCUUUUGAUUAGAAGACUCAGUCGGCUCGCCACGCCUUUGUCUCUUUCAACCAGCGGGGAUCGAUCACGUUAUCGUGAGUCACUAAGGUGUAUACUGACAGCCUCAGUUCAGCCCAGUUGUGUUUGCUUUGUUUGUCUUUCCGUGUCAUUAUAAAGUUGCCCUUUCUUAGGCUGGAAAGCAAUCAUUCAACCAGGCAAUGAAUGCGAUGCCCUUUAAGUAGUCUGCAAUUUGUUUGUGAGGGGAUACGCCUGGAGCUUUCAUCAAGUGGUUGCACUCCAACUGAGUCAUAUGGUUGGAUAGUGCACUAUAAUGUAUCGCUUAUGCCUUUGAGUUGCUAUUUAAAGCUAGACUUCGAAGCAAUUAAUGACAUAAAAUCCCAUCUUUAAAACCAAAAAUCAAUUUACACAAUGCCAGGUGCAAUGUUUUUUUUUUUUUUUUUUACGCAAAAUCGGUGGGAUGUUCACGGUUGCUGCGUGCACCGCAGCAUCUCCUAAGCGGGUGAGAAAAGGAAGUCACACUUGUCGGAGAGGUGGUGUGUGCAAAUCAUAUCACUCUUGUCACACGCUGCAACACCGGGUGGAGAAACAGACAGCAGCAGAAAACACCAAACCACAUUUUUAAAAAGCUGCAUAUAGAGCCCUCACAGACUGGCUGCGUUUGUCCAAGAACAGGUUUGAUUUUUGCUUUUUUUUUUUUUUUCCUUCUAUUUGCAGCAUAAAUCUGAGUCCAUCCAUCAGAUUUCAGUGUUCUGUAACUUCAGACAGCACGAGAAGCUGAAAUCACAAACACACACGGUGGCUUUUAAAGUAGCUCAGCAAAUUACGAAGGGAAUACGUUUCUUGUAGGACCCCGCUACAUCCACUGUGUUUGUCCUCCACAGUUCAGUUCAUAUUGUAGUUUCUGUACAGCGAUCAGUUAAGUGCUUUUGCAAAGGUUCAACCAUAGAGGGAAAAUCUUAGCUUUGUUUUUUUUU